GCAAUGGCAGCCUCCUUGAUUGUAAACAAUCUUGAAAAAUCUGUCCUAAAUCCAGACAUUAUUGUUAAAAGGAAAGCUGUAAGGAAUUAUACAAAUGUAAAUAUUGACCGGAUAUCGUAUUUAGUUACCAAUAAUUCUUACAGCAACUUCUUUGAGACCUUUUUACUGAGAAAUCAACCUUGCAUUUUAUCAUCUGUGAACACAGAAGCCUGGAAAAGUAGAAAGGACUGGGUGAAUUCAGAUGGAAAACCAAACUUUGAAUUUCUUAGAAAAACAUUUGGAAGUGCAGUUGGGCCUGUUGCAAACUGCAAAAAAGAAAAGUAUUCAGCACAACCGAAGGAAGAUAAAACUUUCGCUGACUUUGUUGACUAUUGGCAAAGUUAUAUAGAGUCUGAUUACCCAGAAAGCAUGGAUAAUCUUUACUUAAAAGACUGGCACUUCACUCGGGAUUUCCCAGACUACACAGCUUAUGAGACUCCUUGCGGCUUUUCGUCAGACUGGUUGAAUGAGUUCUGGGACACAAAAGAUGAUGAUGACUACAGAUUUGUGUAUAUGGGCCCAAAAGGAUCAUGGACACCAUUCCAUGCUGAUGUAUUCAGGUCAUUUAGUUGGUCAGCCAACAUUUGUGGUCGGAAGAAGUGGAUAUUCUAUCCUCCAGGGGAAGAAGAAAAUUUGCGCAACAAGUAUGGUCAUUUGGUGUAUGAUGUAGAUUCUGCUGAAUUACUCGAUGAAAACUUGUAUCCCAACUACAAGAAAGUCAGGUCUAGGAUAGAGGUGAUUCAGGAAGCAGGGGAGAUAAUUUAUGUCCCUAGUGGAUGGCACCACCAAGUCUUCAAUCUUGAAGAUACAAUUUCUAUAAACCAUAACUGGAUGAAUGGCUGUAAUGUUGACAUCUGCUGGCAGUAUGUCAAAGACAACUUGAGCCAGGUUCAGCAAGAGAUUGAAGAUUGUAAAGGAAUGGACGGCUGGGACCAACAGUGUCAGUUAAUCCUGAAGGCCAGUUGUGGAAUCGAUUAUGGUGAAUUUCUUCAGUUUAUGGAAGUCAUUGCCAUUAACAGGAUCAGACUUCUACAAGUUCAUUUAGUGCACAAGUCACGAAAUUUACCUACAGAACAGAAGCAGUCUGGAUCUGAUGAGACCCCGUCUGUUGACAACAUAAAGUGCCUAGCAGAUGAAAAACAAGCAGAUGUUUCAAGUGCUUGCGACUCUUAUACUUCAGUGCUGAAUGAAAGAUUGUAUUCUCCAAUGACAGAGGGGCAGAUAAAUCAUUGUGUGUUUGACCUGUACAGUGUCAAGGAUGUAUUAUGUGAUAUGAUUCGGACUCCAGAAUUUACUUCUUUAAAUGAUUGUGAGAACAAAGCCAAUGAACUUAUAGUAAAAAUAGAAAAAAUAAUAAAUAGCAUUAUCUAAAUAAUAUAUGUUGAAAAUAAUGUUAAUGCUGUAUAUAUAUUUAUUCCAUUCAGAAACGACAACUGCUUAACCUUGUAUAUGGGAGGUGUCAUAUAGGAUGUGCCUUCUUUUGAGUUUAUUUAUAUUAACAUGUAUAAAUCAA